GACAAAGAGAAAGGGUGUUCAGAUCUUUGCCGUCGGAUACGCUCCGAGCGCCACAUGUCCCAUACUCUAUUUGCACCCAAAAACUUUUCAAGGGUGGAGACGUUCUUACCUCUUUUAUUUAUCCAAUUAAAAUAAUAGAAGUACUUUUUAAAAAAAUUUAAAUGACGGAAAAUUUUGUUUCUUUUCUGUUCUUUUCUUUUCUCGUCGUUUCCCACCAUCCACUGGAAAUCGUUUAAACAAAAUUGACCUCUACUUCCCAUCUGUGGACGAUUCCAACUUCUCACUGUCCACCUUCGUGGUUUUGAUUUUAUUCACAGAAGCCACGAAAAUCGACAAAAACCCAAAAACAGAGCUCUAUCUGUGUCCAGCAAUGGCUUCUUCUUCUUCUUCUUUUGAUUCCGAUACCCGAUGGAAGAACACUGCCCUUCUCGUCAUAGACAUGCAGAAUGAUUUCAUAUUACCAGAUGGUUUGAUGCGUGUAGAUGGUGGCCAAGCUAUUGUACCUAACGUCAUAAAGGCAGUUGAAGUUGCUCGACGGCGUGGUAUCCUCGUAAUUUGGGUCGUUCGUGAGCAUGACCCACUUGGAAGAGAUGUUGAGCUCUUCCGUCAGCAUUUGUACUCCAGUGAGAAAGCAGGGCCAACCUCUAAGGGAAGCCUUGGUGCUGAACUUGUUGACGGCCUUGUGAUCAAGGAAGGGGACUAUAAGGUGGUGAAGACACGCUUUAGUGCAUUCUUUGCUACGCACCUUAAUUCUUUUUUGAAGACAGCUGGGAUAAACAGUUUAGUUGUCGUCGGUGUUCAAACUCCAAACUGCAUCAGACAGACUGUCUUUGAUGCCGUAGCAUUGGAUUAUAAAUAUGUUGCAGUUAUUGUUGAUGGCACGGCUGCUGCCACACCCGACAUACAUUUUGCAAAUAUUUUUGACAUGAAAAAUAUUGGAGUUGCAACCCCAACGUUACAGGAAUGGGGCGAGUCGGAUGCUUGAUAUACUCAAUCGAAUCAGGGGAAAGAUAGAGAGGGGGAGAGAGGAGAUGCUUUGCUUGAUUUCGGUGUGAACAAGCGCGAGAAUGGCUAGCUCUGUUGUGAUUGGAAAAAGGAAAAACUGCUUUUGUUUCUGUUAUUCGCAGUCUGUUAUGUGCUUCUGUUCUCAAUGUAUCAAUGACUUCUGUGUAAACAUUCCAAAUGGGAUAGUAAAAAAGGACCAUUGAUGUCGCACUUAAUCAAAA